CUUUACUUGAAUUCCCAUUUCGUAGGUGUAUGCUUAGUUAACAAUUUCUGUUUAAAUAGGCGUGUUUUCUUAGUUUUUACUUAACAAUUAUUAAGCGUUUACCGUUUGCUUUAAUAAAAAAUUACAAAAAGCUUCAACAAAUCUUGGACGAAAGCAAUUGGGCCAUAUGUCCUUUCUUAAAAACAUAUUAAUCGGCCUUUUAUCCCUCACAGCAACAGUAGACGCAACAGCGUUUACCAAGCGUACAACUGAGGGCAAUCAGAUCAUAUCGUUUCCUGUUAGCAUUAGCAAGCGGGCGAAUGCGUCUUCAAAAGGCAUUGGUAAACGUGAACAGUUCGCCAACAUUCCUGUUACAUAUGGUGAUGAGAACUCUGCUAUCUUCGUUCAUCUGUCAGUCGGUACACCGGCAAAGGACUAUACGCUGGUACUUGAUACUGGCAGCCCGUUCACUUGGAUUACCGCCUACAAUGUUACUGCUUUAAAUUCGGUCGCUGAGGAACUAGGCUACACAGAGCGUUUGGAAGCUUCGGCAUUGCAGACUGCAUGCCCGAUUUAUGGGUGUUACGAGUACGAUAGCUCGACUUUUCGUUAUGACAGCUCCGAAUUUCUUGGCUUUAUGAUGGUUUAUGGAGACAAUAGUACGGUUUUGGGUUACAAUGUCGAAGACCAAAUUAGCAUUAAUGGCCUCUCUCUCAGUAGCUUUCAGUUCGGCAUCGCGGUUAGCGAAUACGAGUCUUCCAGUCCCAUCGGUGGAAUUAUGGGCAUUUCGCCUCAGACAUCGAUUUAUGGUAUAGACGAAGAAAACCGUGUUGUCACUUGGGCAGCUCCUACGUUGUUGCAACAGUUUAAGGACGCAGGCGUGAUAUCCAGCAACUCGUUUAGCCUGUUUCUCAGUGAGAAUAGCGGCGAAUUUAUCCUCGGUGGGUACGAUGAAGAUAAAUUCACUGGAAAUUUACAAUGGUUACCUAUUUCUUCAAACGAACCUGGAUUUUAUGGCUCGUAUCUAGACCACGUCACUUUUCACACGGAUUACACAAAUGAUAACAAUGGCUGCUCUUGUUCUACCAUAGACGUGCCCGUUCAACAGGACGUGAUUUUCGACUGUGGAACGACUGUUGUCAAUCUUCCUGCAGGUGUCCAAAACCAAAUUACAGCAAUGUACAACGGUGUGUCUUCCACAACCGAUUGUACGGUUACAGUCGAAUGUGAUGCUGUGAAAGCUUCUGAUUCACUUGACUUUGUUUUCUCUAACAAUGCUGCCGUUACAAUUCCCAUGUCUGAGUUCCUAAUUGCGAACGGUGACGGCACUUGCUCAGUCGCAUUCUGCAGUGUGGGCGAUAGCGAUAUGCAGAUUCUUGGUCUGUACUUUAUGAAAAGCAUUUACACUGUUUACGAUUGGGAAGCUCAAUUGAUCGGCAUUGCACCCGCUGUGGAUUCUGCCGCCGUUGCUAUUAAUGAUAUAGCAACGGCUGCUGGUGUCGUUGCUAACAACGCAUACUCUGCUGAGUUCAACGUAGAAACACUGACAACUCUGAGUGCGAAUCCAUUCGUUCAAGCUGGUGUUGCCUCUCCCACUGCUACUCCCUCUGUCAUUGACUAUCCCAAUAAGGCUAUUACGACUUCUUAUCUUUAUAACGGAACGAAUUCGACGGUUCAGGUUACCACUUUUACAACAAUUACAAACCCUUCUCCGUCGGCCACCUCUCCAUCUUUUGUCAAUACCACAACGUCUGUCAUUUCCUCCAACUGGACGGUCCCGACUACCGCAUUUCCUUCUUUUGCUACUUCUUCUUGCAUCAACCGUACUGACACAAUGGUAUUCAGUACAGUUACUAGUGGCUCAUCUACAUCCAGCACCGUAUCCAUUGCUCUCGUUUUGCUCGCAUUUUUGCCUGUUUGCUUUUUCUAAGCCCACAGUCACUCACAUUCUUUUCCCUUAUUGCAUUUCAGGUUUUCAUCUUCCUAUCUUCUCUUCGUCCUCAAAAUUCGGUCCCAUUCGUUUUUGUCCUCAUAUGCAUGUAAAUCAGUUUAGUAACUUUUUAUUUAAUGAAUGUUAAUAAUUAAAAAUACGGUAAAAUUGGGAUGUCAAAGUUACAUAUUAUUUUAUGUUAUUCUAAAG